AUGGAUGUAUCACCGGCGAUUGCAGAUUUUUGCCCGCUUCUCUUGCCUUUCGGCUUCUCGGCUCCUCGGGCCUGUCGUGAUUUAGAUCUUGUCCUUUUCCUCAACGGUUUCCGAAACACAGAAAAGUGCCCCGUGGUCUGGUCUCGAAGGCAAGUCCUCGCUCCUCCGUUACCAGAUUUGGAGCUGUUCUCGGUGUGGGAUCUCAAUCGGAGUUGCGCUCGUCAGGUUGAAGUUUCAUCUACUCAAAUCAAAAGGACCAGUCACUUUGUUGAAGUGUGUUUACGGUUGUUCUAG